AGAGAGGGUGAGUGAGUGAGUGAGAGAGUGAGAGAGAGAGAGAGAGAAGAACGGUUUAACUUUCUGCAUUCGCAAAAAUUCAAACACUGGCACUGCACAACUCAGGGCAAGCAACAAGGCAUUUACGCUAAAUCUUUACUACUGUACUAUAUGCAUAUGCAAUCGAUCAAACGAUAGUUUUUUCUGUUUACUUUACUUUUUUAAUGCAUCUUGGGAGAAGAUUUUUUAUUUGAUUUUUAAAUUCCCGAGGAAGAAUUUCAGAAUUGAUAUAGAUUUCAUAUAUAAACUUUCCUAAACUUUUUAAAUGACAAGUAGUUUAAUUUAAUAAAUUCAGAUAUUAUACACCAAAAUCAAUCUUACUUAAUAUAUGCUUAACUAAAAGAGGGUACACAUUAGAUUUCUCAGAUAUAUGAAAUACUUGCAUGUUUAUUUAAACCGAAUUCCUAAAUAAACUACAGAAGAUGCACUCACUAGUGAUUUACCAUCAAAGACAGUUCUUAUUGUAUUUUAAGUCUACGUAAAAAGAAUUUCGGAUUUAAAUUAGAUCUCUUUUACAAAUACACAUACAAAUGUAUUUUCUCCAAUAUAAAGAGAACUUUUAAAUAGUCCAAACUGGCCUAUAUAUUUUGAUUUUUAAUAUGAAGGAUGCAGAAUUCAAGAUGAGUGAUUAGUAUAUUGGUUUAUAUUUACUUACUUUUUUCCUAAACAAAUAUUUAGAGGUGCAUUUUUUUCCCAUUUUAACAAGAAGAUUUACAAAAGGGAUUUCUUCAUCACCGUCAUCAUGAUCUUUGAGAGUUUUGACCUGGUUUCUGCCCUGGCUACCAUCGCUGCCUGCAUUGUCUCCAUGGCUCUACUCCUUGCCGUGUCACAGCAGUUGUGGCAACUCCGAUGGACAGCCACCCGGGACAAAAACUGCAAGCUGCCAAUUCCUAAGGGAUCAAUGGGAUUCCCCAUCAUUGGCGAGACAUGUCACUGGUUUUUCCAGGGCUCCAGUUUCCAUUCAUCCCGAAGGGAGAAGUAUGGGAAUGUGUUUAAAACACACCUGUUGGGUCGACCAUUGAUCCGUGUGACAGGAGCCGAGAAUGUGAGGAAGCUCCUAAUGGGAGAGCACAGCCUAGUGAGUGCUGAAUGGCCCCAGAGUACUAGGACCUUGUUGGGCCCCAACAGUCUUGCAAACUCCAUUGGCGAAAUCCACCGAAACAAGAGAAAGGUUUUAGCAAAAGUGUUCAGUCAAGAGGCUCUGGAGUCCUACCUACCUAAGAUUCAACAAGUGAUCCAGGACACCCUGCGUGUGUGGAGCAGCAGUCCUGAUCCUAUCACAGUGUACCAUGAAUCCCAGCGGCUCUCCUUUCAUAUGGCUCUCCGCGUCCUGCUGGGUUUCCGCCUUUCAGAUGAUGAGAUGAAAAGCCUCUUUCAUACCUUCCUGGAUUUUGUGGACAAUAUCUUUUCCUUGCCUCUGGACCUGCCUUUCAGUGGAUAUAGGAAGGGUAUUCAAGCUCGGGAUAUCCUUCAGAAAAGUAUUGAGAAGUCUAUACUGGAAAAACUCCAGUGUAAUCAUGGGAAGGAUUAUGCUGAUGCUUUGGAUGUUCUCAUUGAGAGCAGCAGAGAACAUGGCCAAGAGCUGUGCAUGCAGGAGCUAAAGGAAUUUACCAUUGAGCUUAUCUUUGCUGCCUUUGCAACCACUGCCAGCGCCAGCACAUCUCUGAUCAUGCAACUUUUGAAACACCCCGCAGUCUUGGAGAAACUACGAGAGGAGCUACGCAGUAAUGGGAUUCUACACAAUGGCUGUCUUUGUGAGGGAGCACUCCGUCUUGACAACAUCUUCAGCCUCAAGUACCUGGACUGCGUUAUCAAAGAGGUGCUACGUCUCUACUCACCAGUCUCAGGGGGCUAUCGCACAGCCCUGCAGACCUUUGAGCUUGAUGGUUUUCAGAUUCCUAAAGGCUGGAGUGUGAUGUACAGCAUUAGGGACACCCAUGACACAUCCACUGUUUUUAAGGAUGUUGAUUCAUUUGACCCAGAGCGCUUCAACCAGGAACGAUGUGAGGACAAGGAGGGACGAUUCCAUUACUUACCUUUUGGAGGAGGAGUGCGGACAUGUCUUGGAAAACAGCUGGCCAAGCUCUUCUUACGAGUACUGGCCAUCGAGUUAGCUGGCAGCAGUCGGUUUGAGCUUGCCACCAGGACUUUCUCAAGGGUCAUCACUGUCCCUGUUGUCCACCCUGUGGAUGGCCUCAAGGUCAAGUUUUUUGGACUUGACUCCAACCAGAAUGAGAUUAUGGCAGAGACAGAUGAAAUGCUGGGGGCCACUGUUUGACUCAGGGCAAAAACAGGCCAGGGUGUGGAAGGAGAGGAUUAAGCAGAAGAGGAGGUGGAG